GCUAAGGCAGGAGAAUUGCUUGAACCCAGGAGGUGGAGGUUGCAGUGAGCCGAGAUUGCGCCAUUGCACUCCAACCUAGGCGACAGAGUGAGACUCUGUCUCAACAACAACAACAACAACAACAACAAAUUGUUCAGGACUCUCAUUGCCCUCAAGAUAAAGCCCACACUUCGCUUAGGCUGACAAGGGCCUUCAUGAUGGAGACCACAUUCCACCCUCAGCAUAACCCUUGCACACCAGACUGAAUGCACUGUUUGCAUUUUCUGUUCCAUCUGCUUAGAAUGCCAUCCCCCUCACCUCCACUCUCCCCUGGAUCUAUAAAGCUUUCUUCCAUCUAAGAUAUCACCUCCCCUGGGAAGCUUCUCAGCCUUCCCAAGAUUGAAUAAGGGACCUCUCCUAUGUGCUUCUAUAGUACUUACAUCCUAUAUUACCUAUAUCACAGCACUCAACACUCUGAAUUUCAGAAGCAGCUUUAUUCAUCAGUUUUCUCAGAUGAUUGUAAAAACCUUCAAGGAGAGAUAUAUCUUCCUCAUCAUAUCUCCAAUAAUCAGCUCAUUCUAGAUUCUCAAAAAACAUUUGACAGAUAGAUGAAUGCAGUUACUUUAAAGAUCUGUUUCUCAGUUUCCUGAUUCUAAAUUCUGAACAGGGAGAAUCUAAUUUGCCCAGCUUGGGUCAGUUUCCAUCCCUGGUCCAAUGAGCUGAGCUAGGGGUAUGAGAGUAUGGAUGGAAUCUCUUAGAAAGGAGUGUGGGGUUAGUAGCAAUGGGUGGCAUGCAUAACCAAAUUAUACAAUGUUCUUCAUUGAAACAGUAAAACUGCAUUGUAGUUUUUAAAAGUCAUAUGUUAUAUAUUUUUCAUUAAUUCAUGAGCCUCCUUUCAUUAGUUCAUUAUAAAAAGGUAUCACUCUACCUUCAUUUUAAUACAUAAAAUAAAAAUUAUACAGUCACUUUUUACUUAUUAUUAGGGACUCAUUCAUCCAACUGUUCACAAAUAUUACUAAGUACCUACUAUGUGCGAAGCUCUGUGCUAGGGACUCGGUAGAUAGCAGAAAAUAGAAUAAAAUCCCUGCUGUCAUGGUGCUUACUUUAAAAAAUGUAAAACACAGAUGUAGCAUUUUAAAUUAGAAAACUUAAUAUGAAAGAAGACAAUAGGAUGCUCUGCGGAAAAUAACUGGGGGGAUGUGAUUCAGUUAUGAGAGCCAAGGAAGGAUUCCCAAUCGGGGGAAAAAAUUACAUCAAAGCUAAGAUCUGGCUUCUCUGGGAAGAAUGCCUGGGAUUGGAGAGUUGGGGGAGGACAAGGACGGAACUGGAGAUCCCUGUGGAGUUAUUAUGAUACUUGCAGCAAAAGACUAUGACGCCUAUGACUGUUGAUGAAUUCAGGAGAUUUGGGGAGCCAGAACUGAUUGCACUUUGAUUGUUUCUGUGUAGGGUGAAUUAAAGGUGCUAAGAAUAACAGUUGGGGUAGAGGUUAAGCACAUGAACUCUGAAGCUAGAUUGUCUGAGUUUAAAUCCCAGUUCCAUUAGUAAGUUGUGUGACCUUGGGCAAAUUACUUAACCUCACUGUGCCUUGGUUUCCUCAUCUAAAAAGUGGGUGAUAAUAAUAGUAGCUACCUUGAAGAUUUGUUAUGAGGAUUAAACAAGUUAACAUGCGUAAAACAUUUCAAACAUUGCCUGCAUGUCAGUUUACUUACAAACUGAAAAAGAGAGGUAAGUUUCCAUGCUUCUGGCUUGAGCAAUGGAGCGAUACAGGUGACAUUUAUUGAGAUGGGAAAGACUAGCAGAAAAAGAGACUUUGAUGGACUGAAGAUCACAGUUUAGCCUUAGAUAUAGGCUUGAGAUUGCUCAGACCUCUUGGACAUCUCUCUUUGGGCAGGAGUCUGAUCUCAGAAGAGAUCCCUGGGCUGGAGAUGUCAAUCUGUAAGACUUCCAAAUACAGGCAACAUUUGAAGCCCAGGGAAUGGAAAAGACAAGCAAGGAAGAGUGUGUACAGUGAGCAAAGUGUGAAUACAGGGCCAAGGACUGACCAUGAAAGUUCCGAAAGCCAAGUGGAGAAUGAGGGGCCAACUACUGGUUUAUGUGCAGUGCUGUUAUACACAUGCAUUAGACAAGUGGAAAUAGAAACAUCUGGCAUAAUUUGAAUAUAAGGAAUAUUAAAACAAAGGACAUCCUUGUAUUUCUAUUUUAAUGGAGCUUAAAACUCUAAUUUUCUGUUUAGCCCUGUUACAUUGAUUUUGUGGCUUCUCCUAUCCCUCAUUGGAAUCUCUGAUCCAAAGAUUUAAAAGAAAGUCUGGAGAAUUUGGAGAUAUGAGUAGUUUCAUGGCUGGAUCUUCAAUGGCGAAGACAGAAGGUGGGGCAUAAACUAGAACCAGGUGAUGAAAUGUCUUAUAAGCUGUCAUAGGAGUUUAAACUUGAUAACAAUAAGGAGCCAUUCAAAGUGUUAAGCAACAGUGAAGCACGAUUAUUUCGUAUUUGAGAAAGAUCUUUGUUGAACAAGGUAGAAAAUGCAUUGAAAAGGAGCAAAUCCAGAAGCUGAGAGGCCAAUGGUGCAUCUGUAACAGUAACCCAGGAAAGAAAAGGCAAGACAAAGGCAAAGAAAAGACAAACCAGGACUGUGGGGGAGGCCAACGGUUCCAAUUUAAGUAAUGACCACAGCAAGAAACAGAUAGGAUGAGGUGAUUGACUAGUUAGAGAAGGUAAGAGAGAGGAUGACGCCAUGGCCUCUGCUUUUGUUCAGACUAUUCUGUGCCCUUAAAAUAUUACAUUUUUCCUAAUCCAUCCUUAUGCUCCAUGCAGCACCCUCAAUGUCUUCUGUAGGGAUAACCCUUUAAUUUUCAAAUAUGUUCUCAUCCUGUCUCCUGAUGAAUGCAUGCAGUCAUUAAUUAGCUCAAGUGGAAAAUAAAGAUGCGACUUACUUCAUAUGCACUCUAGGUCCCAGGCCUGGGUAGAAAAAAAAAUCUAUUACCUAAACCACAGAAGCUAAAAUCCUCCACAAAGAAGAAAAUACUCCAGUGAUUGAUUUGGUCUCCACAUCACCUGGCUUAACUAAGUAUAGAAGUAUUAAUAUGCUAGACCCUAUUUAUUAAAAUAAUUUAGCUCAUGAUUGUGAGAGAAAGCCCAUGUUUCAAACAGCAAUAUUUUUGUAAUAAAUUAGAAGUCCCUCAACAAACCCUGUUAAACCUCAUGUGGAUUUCUGUUAAUGGGGAAGAUUUCCCAGUGACCUAGCUUAACACUGCUGCUGCACAUUAAUUUGCUUUCCAGCUAUACAUAAAUAAAUAAGUGGCUGCCUCCUUGAUGUGAGCCGGAGGACCCAGGGGAGGCAUUUUUACCUCUAGGUAUCUUCCCCAGACUUCUUAUGCUGUUUAUAAUUAUCAUAUUCAUCAUUUUUUUCUUCUCUCUCUUCCCAAUUUCUUUCUUCCUAGUCUCUCUUGAACCUAUUCCUAUCAGACUUAUGCCUCCACCAUUCCAUCAAAACUGCUUGUCAAGGUCACCAAUGACCUCCAUUUUGCUAAUCCAAUGGUCAGGCAUCAGUCCUCAUUUAACAUGAUCCAUCAACUGCAUUCAGUGCAGCAAAUCACUACCUCUUCCUUGACACACAUUCUUCAUUUGGCAUCAAGAAUAACACAUUAUUUCCAUUUUUUCCUACCUCACUGGGCUUAGCUUCCUUGCUGGUGUUCUCCAUGGUCUCUUAGUGUUCAGAAUACCCCAGGGCUCAGUUCCUAGUCCUCUUCUCUAUAACUUAAACCCUUAAUCGUCUCAUCCCAUCUCAUGGUAUUAAAUAACACCUUUACCCUAACAACUCUUCAGUUAGUACCUCCUGGUCUCCAGCCUUACUCAGCAUCUCCACUUGGAUGUUCAAUAGACAUCUCAAACUCAAUGUGUCAAAAAUGGAACUCCUCAUCUCCCUUCAAAAACUGUUCUACUCAUAGCCUUCCUUAUCUCAGUUGAUAGCAACUUGAUUAAGCCAGUGCUCAUGCCAAAAAUCUUGAAGUCAUCUUUCUCUCUUUCUCUCACAAUCUACAUCUAAUCUUGUUGAUAGUGUCUGCAAGGUACACCCAGAAUCCAUUCUCUUCCUACCUUUCCACUGCUACCAUCCUGAUCCACCAACUCUUGGCUCAAAGUCACUGCAAUAUACUCCCAGCUUCUCUUCCUGCUUAUACACCCUUGUCUAGUGCCAGAACCAUAGCUCAAGUAAUCCUUCUUAAAAAGUAAUCAGUGGCAUCACUUCUUUACUCAAAAACUGCAAUGACACAGGGUAAAAGCCAAAGCCUUAAAAAUGCCUUCAAGCUCCUACCUGGUCUGCUCCCUCCCCUGAGUUUCAACCUCAUCUCGUGCUCUCCCCUGCUCACUCUGCUCCUGACCACCGGCCUCCUUGCUGUUUCUGAGACAUGCCAGACAAGCUCUAUGUGUGCCCUCUGCCUUGAAUGCUGUUGGAUACUAGAGGCCAGCCCCACCCUUCUUUCAUGGCUUUGUUCAAAUGCCAUCUUCCCAAUGCCACUUAUCCUGCCAUAUUUCAUACUGUCACUUGCCCCAGCCCCAGUGGUCCCAGCCUCCUUGCCCUGCUUUACUUUUUUCUUUUUCCAUAGCACAUAUCACUUCCUAUUAUGUGAUGCAAUCUGCUUAUUUAUUAGGUUCACUAUCAGCUGUCAUCCCUGCUGGAGUGUAAGAAUCACAAAGGCAGAGGUCUUUGUUUUGUUCACUGCUGUAUCCUGAGCACCAAGAACAGUGCCUGGAACAUAGGAGGCACUCAGUAGAUGCUUAUUGAAUUAAUGGAUAGAUUGUUUUAGGCUUCAAUCACAAGGGGCUCCUAGUAUAAGGCAAAUAUUAUUGGACAGGUGAUACAUUCAGCUUCAGGUUUCCAAUCUGAGCCAUUAACAUAUCUUACAAGUUUGAACGAACUACAAGUGAGAUGUCUUUGAUCCAUUUCCUUUCUAGCUCACUCCUUCAACACAUUUUUCAUCCCAGUGCUCUGGUCCUCUCCUCAGGACAGGGAAUGGAUACAGUCAAUAGUGUCUGUUCAGGGUUUAUCCUCCCUAAAGUAAUUUGGUCCUCUUUCUCCUUAUCCCCAUGAAAUCCGAACUGUGAUCCAAUUUCUCAAGGCCUUAAAACUAAAAAAAACAAGAACUAGUGACUCCAUUUUAAGAAAUAUUGCAGAUUGGCUUUUUUUCAGGCGGCCGGGAAGAUGGCGGACAUUCAGACUGAGCGUGCCUACCAAAAGCAGCCGACCAUCUUUCAAAACAAGAAGAGGGUCCUGCUGGGAGAAACUGGCAAGGAGAAGCUCCCGCGGUACUACAAGAACAUCGGUCUGGGCUUCAAGACACCCAAGGAGGCUAUUGAGGGCACCUACAUUGACAAGAAAUGCCCCUUCACUGGUAAUGUGUCCAUUCGAGGGCGGAUCCUCUCUGGCGUGGUGACCAAGAUGAAGAUGCAGAGGACCAUUGUCAUCCGCCGAGACUAUCUGCACUACAUCCGCAAGUACAACCGCUUCGAGAAGCGCCACAAGAACAUGUCUGUACACCUGUCCCCCUGCUUCAGGGACGUCCAGAUCGGUGACAUCGUCACAGUGGGCGAGUGCCGGCCUCUGAGCAAGACAGUGCGCUUCAACGUGCUCAAGGUCACCAAGGCUGCCGGCACCAAGAAGCAGUUCCAGAAGUUCUGAGGCUGGACAUCGGCCCGCUCCCCACAAUGAAAUAAAGUUAUUUUCUCA